GAUCUGGAGCAGGGGGUUUUGUGUCUGCUUGCAGGCGGAUGCAUAGAGGGCCCACCCUGCAGGGCUGCAGAUGGUUCGGUCUGUAGUAGGUGGGACUGCUGGCUGGUCUGCAGCAGGACGUCGUAGAUCAAUGAGCUGGACCGGAGGGCUGCUCCAUCUCCCGGUGCGCAUCUGACGGCCUCAUACAUGUGUCAGGAUACCUAACAAGGCUUUUUCUUCCCCCCCACCCCCCUUUUGCUCUAAAAAACCAUCCCGAUCAGUAUGCGGAUAUUAUAACGCUGCCUUGGUUAUUUUACAAACCCCUCUCACCGCUUCGAUUUCCGUCUCUUGUGGCUCAUCGGUGCAAUUUUUAAAGGGGGAAUUGAAAUAUAUCUAUAACCUCCAGGAUGAUCUUUGCAAAUACAAUCAACCCGGUGAAGUCAACCAGUCGUAAGCAGUGGGUCUCCUGUCUGCAGUCCUACCCCAUGACUCCGUCCAGUCCGAGCGGUAGCAGCAACAGCAGCAGCGCAGGCCUGGAUCAGCUCAGCAAAACAAACCUUUACAUCCGAGGCCUGCCUCCUGCUACUACAGACCUGGAUCUGGUCAAACUCUGUCACCAGUAUGGAAAGAUUCAGUCUGCAAAGGCAAUCCUGGACAAGACAACCAACAAAUGUAAAGGUUACGGCUUUGUCGACUUCGACAGCCCAGCGGCUGCUUUAAAAGCAGUACAUGCUCUGAAAACCAGCGGCAUACAGGCCCAGAUGGCCAAGCAACAGGAGCAGGACCCCACGAAUCUUUACAUUUCCAACUUGCCUCUCUCUGUGGAUGAGAAGGAGUUGGAGAAGAUGCUUCAGCCCUUUGGCCAAGUGGUUUCUACUCGAAUCCUCCGAGACUACAGCGGUAACAGCCGAGGCGUGGGCUUUGCCAGGAUGGACACAACGGAGCAGUGUAAUGCAGUUAUCUCCCACUUCAAUGGGAAGUUCAUCAAGUUAGCUUCUGGAGCUCUGGCACCGACUCAGCCCUUGCUGUGCAAGUUUGCAGACAGUCAAAGGAAGAAACAUGCUCACAGUGGAUUUGUUCCCAAUGGACAGUCAGGAGAUCUCAGAAUAGGUGCAAUGACUCUCACCUACGACCCCUCCUCAGCAGCUAUACAGAACGGAUAUUAUCCAUCUCCGUAUCCAGUGACCAACAGGAUAAUGACCGUGCAGCCUGCAAUGUCUCCCUACAUGUCUCCAGUUUCUGCUUACCAGGUGCAGAGUCAUUCUUGGGUGGCGCACCAGCCGUACAUCAUGCAACACCCGGCUGCAGUCAUGUCUCCCUCUGUGGAUCCCUCCAUGUCACUGCACCCCUCGGCCAUGAUUACUCAGCAGAUGGGCCAGCUGUCCUUGGGAAACACUGGAGCGUAUAUUGCUGCAAGCCCAGGUGUUCAGGGAGCCUACAUACCACAGUAUCCUCCCAUGCAGGCAGCACCUGAAACUGGCACACCGCAGCAAGUGGAUUCUUCCAACAAUUCGUCUCCUUACAGUCAACUCAGCAAGUAACACCCAGGCCUCAUUACUGCUCUGUUAGCCAGAAGGCACGUGGGAGUUUGCUGAUGACGUCGCAGUGAUAACAGCCACCGCCUGCUCUGAUUGGACCAGAUACAUGAACUUUUUUUUGCACAGCCCCAACAUUUGUAGUGGAAAUUGAAGACAGUGUAAAUGGACUCAAGCGGUUGGUUUUUGCCAGGGAAAAAAAAAAAAGGAAACUAGAUUUAUUUUGAUAAAAAAAAGAAAACAACAACAUGCUCUUCUUUUUCUCUUUUUCAUUGAUUCUCAAACACUUGCCAGAGGACCCUCCCCCACACACCACCACCAUCACCACUCCAUCAUUUUCUCCCUCCUCAUCUAAGUAUGAUGUGACAUGAAAUUGCAUGAGAUUGAGAUAUUUACCCUUUCCCUUGAAGUGUCCAUGAGUUAAUGUUUCUUUUAUUUGUGGCAAGCAAAAAAAACAAAACAAAAAAAAAAACUUUGCAGACCUUGUUUGCACUGACGUUUGAAGUUUUAGAAUAACUUCAUUUUUGGUUUUCAAAGUUGCCACAGAACAGGUCACUAAAUCCGUUCAUGUACGGCUGCAUUCGACAGCUGACAGAUGACCAUUUCAUCAGGAAAUUAGGUAAUUUAUAAUUGGAAACGGUGCCUUCCCUACGUGACAUCAAGCAUUCUCCAACAUGUUUUCAUCAAACUCAAUCAGGUGUCAUAAUUCUUUCCCAAUUGAUCAAAUCUGCGUGUGAAAUCACGGAGAUUUCCAUUGAGUGUUUCGCUAUCUAGUAGUCUAGUAGCAAUAAAGACAAUGAGAGUUUUACGGCAAUACUGAGGAAAAAAUAAAUAAAAGAAAGGUGACAAACUCAGAGCAAGGUAAUUCCUUAUUUUCCUAUUUCCUUUUUUAAAAAAAAAUUAACAACAAGACGAGACAUGAAACAAGAACUGUACUUUUAUGGAACUACAAGUUUUACACCCAGUUGGCAUCUUUUAGGAGGGUUUGCUUUUCUCUUGUGGUCAGUUUGACCAGUUAUCUACCUCAUGGAUUUGCUGGAGUCCUCUGGUGUUGUGGGGUUUGCAGGUAAAGCCCCUUCUCACCAGACUGGACAAAGCAGACCACAAGCCACGCUCCGGAGCUGGCUGAACAGGACUUCUGCCGUUUGUCUCCCACAUUCAGCUUUUUCUUCUCCAGAGGUUCAAAAAGAAAAAGAAAGAAAGAAAAAACACAUUUUCUUUUACCUUUUUUAUUUCUCUUUAUUUGUUUUUGUUUCUGUUCUGGUGUUUCUUUUUCUUGCCAUGAUUAGUGCUGAUGCUCCAUAAAAAAAAGAGUAAAAGACAGUUUUUCUGGAAAGCAGUAGUUUCCUUUCUGCUUUAAACAAUCAAAUUCAGGCUACAUGCUUUGUUCUGCAUUUGACAGAUACUACAACACAGCAACAUUUUGAUCACAUAGCAGUUCAACUUUGUAUAAGCAAGACAAUGUGGAUAAGUGGAAGAAGUAACUCAAAUUUGACCCAAAAUAUGCAACCGUCAUUUUUGAACCAAUUCAAAACAGCAAUAUUUCGAUUGAAUUUGAUGGAUGCUGUUAUCAGAUGACAAAAAUGUGUUACUUAAAAAUGAGAUGUGUAAAUUAUACACAUUGAGGGACAAAAGUGAAAAGCAAGGGAGUUUUUAAUUGUUUACUUUGCUCUUUCCUUUCUUUUUUGAUUUCUGAUGAAAGACCACUACACUACUAUGAAACAAGGAAAAUGGUCAAUGACCAAUGGAGAAUACAGCCAAGCUUUUACUGAGUGUAUCUGUCCCAUUCUUAACAUCUGUUGCUGGAAAAAAAAGAAGGAAAAAAAAAGAAAAAUUUAAAAAUGAAAGACCAAAAAAAUGUUUUCCCUCAUUAUUUCCUCCUGUCACCUUCUGGUUGUCAAAUAAUCCCCUCCUUGCUCUCUCCUUUGAAAACAUUGGAAUAAAAUACAAUGCUGAAUAAAAUGCUCUUCUCUUUCUCAA